AUGUCUUCACUCCCUCCCACAUCGCUUCACGCCACCGACCCCGACUCAACGGCCGACCUGAACGCGUCUUCAUCGUAUUCCCAUGUCACUCGCCACGCGGAUUCCCGCUUAGUUCAGUCUCGAAGACGAGAUAUGGAUGACCACGAAGAACGCGAGGUUGGGCAGGGUCCCUCCAAUAACAACGACUCGUUUGGCCGGUUUUCCUUCGCACCCACAACCCGGACAACAGUGGUCACAACCACUACUACCACUACCACGUCUUUCCCGCCUCUCAUUAUCAAACCCCCGCGCGCCACAAGCCAACUGGACGCGAGACUCUAUCCCCUCGCCUCUGCCCCGACCCCGGCCGCCUUGAGAAGUCUUCGGUUCCGACUUGGGGACAAGUCGAUUGUCUUCAAUGAACCAAAUGAUACGACGGCGGCUAUCACUGAGCUGAACGAGACGAACGACGCGCUCAAAUCUUCAAAUGGUUUGAUCCGGUCUAUGAAUUCGUUUACCACCGAGGAUGAUAGCUCUUCCCGACGACUGGCGCCCCCGCGGUCGUUCACUCGCAUCAGCCAUCCCACCCCUCAGCACCGACCCGUCUCCCCUGUCUCCAUCCCUGAUCCUCGCCCAGCCAUCCUCCCUCGGACACGAGCAACUCGAGUUCCUUCCGAGCCUGUAGCACGUCGCACCCGCCAUUGUGCCUCGACUUCCACGCAUUUGUCGGCUGCCGGCCUAGCCACUCCGGAGACCGAGCACAAUGUUGAGAGUCUGGGUGAGGGCCCCGCCUCGAAGCAGAGGUAUCAUAGCGCAACAUUUCCUCGCAGAGAAACCCUGUUGCGGUCCCCGCUAUCCUCCGAAGUUGGCCCGGCCGAUUCUGCUGCCCAGAAAUCCUUGGAAGACUUAGCGAAACAACGGGAGCUGCAAAACACUAAACCAGACGCAAAUGCGGCGGCUACGUCCGACCCAACCUCCUUCAGCCAAACAGCAUCCUUUAGCGCUACUGAGCAAGCCUUUCAGCAGAGGCCGGACUUGAGUGCUCAGCUUUCAGCUAUUGACAAUGCCAUGGCGCAAGAUAUGUGCCUGCCGAGCCCUAGUCUGUCUCCGGUUGCCGCCAUGAAUGCAUUGCACGGAGAAUCCUCUUUCGAUUCCGAGGGGCCGGACGUUGACACGGAUUCCAGCUUGGAUCACAAUGUUUCGCGACAUUCGAAAGCCGUGCGCCUUAUCGAUCCGGAUGCCUCUCGGGUGAAGAGCCUUGCCACAUCCAAUACGUCACGACCUCCGCCGUCUCUGAUGGAUAUGCCCAAAGUGCUCGAGUUCUUUGACUCUGUACCGGAAGAACUGAAAACUUACCUAAUGUACCAGUUUCUCAGGCGCUGCCCUAAGCCCACCCUGCACUUCGUGGCCGAUGUCGUCAACCCCACACUGAAAUGCGAUUUCUUGGCAUUGCUCCCUCUCGAACUCAGUCUGAAUAUUGUGAAAUAUUUCGAUGUUCAAACCAUGUGCCGCGCGUCGCGGGUUUCCAAGAAAUGGCGCCACAUUGUCAGCUCUGACGAGAAGACGUGGAAGGAGUUACUUGACCGCGAUGGUUAUGCCCUGUCUGAGGGCGAGCUGGAGCGAGCGAUCCGAGAGGGCUGGGGCUGGCAGUGUAGCAGCAUUGAUGAUUUUGAGAAGGAUCUUAGCACACCUUUCUCGUCCAAGGCUGAGAAGGAUGCCUCACCAGUUCCUUCCUCCUCUCAUGGUAAUGAGAGAGCUCCUCUAGCCUCUUUGGCUCUGAACAGACGCCCCAAACGGAAAGCAAACACCCGUGCUUCGAGUCGCAAGCUAGCCAAGCGGAAGAUCUCAUCCAGUGGCACCGACCACUCAGAGCCCGAUUGGAGGAAGGACAUCGCUGCAUCAGAGGCUCCUUAUGCCGCGGCCAACGCGGCAGCUGCAGCUGUUCCCUACCCUGAUGUUGGUAUGCCCUCUCUCCGUGGCUUAUACCUCUACAAGGCUCUCUACCGCCGGCAUCAUGCCAUCCGCAGAGGAUGGAUGAAACCCGAGGUCAAGCCCCAACACAUCGCCUUCCGUGCUCAUGAUCGCCACGUAGUCACUUGUCUGCAGUUCGACACGGACAAGAUUCUGACUGGAAGCGAUGACACAAACAUCAACGUCUAUGACACAAAGACCGGUGCUUUGAAGGCCACCCUAGAGGGUCAUGAGGGUGGCGUCUGGGCCCUCGAAUACCAUGGAAACACGCUAGUGUCCGGCUCUACCGAUCGAUCCGUUCGCGUAUGGGAUAUUGAGCGCGCUAGGUGCACCCAGGUCUUCAACGGUCACACAUCUACUGUUCGUUGCUUGCAGAUUGUCUUGCCUACUGAGGUGGGUAAGGAUGCAAAUGGCCGUGUGGAGAUCAUGCCCAAGGUUCCUCUCAUCAUCACUGGGUCUCGUGAUUCCAAUCUGCGCGUGUGGAAGCUCCCCAAAUUGGGCGACCCCACGUAUUACCCCGACGGACCUCUAGCGGACGAUACGGACUGCCCUUACUUUGUCCGUGUAUUAUCUGGCCACGCCCACUCUGUGCGUGCAAUUGCAGCCCAUGGCGACACCCUGGUGAGUGGCAGUUAUGAUUGUACUGUGAGGGUUUGGAAGAUCUCCACCGGUCAGGUGCUGCAUACACUACAAGGCCACUCUUUGAAGGUUUAUAGUGUUGUGCUGGACCACAAACGCAACCGCUGCAUCAGCGGUGCAAUGGACCACAUGGUCAAGGUGUGGUCGCUGGAGGAUGGAUCUCUCCUGCACAAUCUGGAAGGUCACACCUCCCUGGUUGGUCUGCUUUCCUUGCAAAGUGAGUACCUUGUCUCGGCGGCGGCAGAUUCCACCCUCCGUAUCUGGGAUCCCGAGCACGGUCACUGCAAGAACAUGUUGAGUGCACACACUGGCGCCAUAACUUGCUUCCAGCAUGAUGGUCAAAAGGUGAUCUCCGGAUCGGAUCGGACCUUGAAGAUGUGGGACGUGGGCACUGGUGCAUGCGUCCGAGACCUUCUCACCGACCUCAGCGGCGUGUGGCAAGUCAAAUUUAAUGACCGUCGAUGUGUUGCUGCUGUUCAGCGCGACAGUCUAACCUAUAUCGAAGUUCUCGAUUUCGGUGCUGCGCGAGACGGCGUUCCCGAGAACAAACUCGGCAAACGUGUAGUUGUCAACCGUCGCGGACGAGAGAUUGCUCCCAGCAAUGUCGACUCGGACUCUGACUCGGACUGA